GCGCGCUUUCGUUUCACUUUCGAUAGGCUUGCCAGGAAGAAAUUCUUUGUUCAGCAGUAGACAUUCGAGCUCCAUGAUUUUUUCGGUUAAUUGAGGUUCUCUCAUUUACGCGCUCUAUCAUCAUGGCACUUCAAAACAUCUGUGGCUUGAAGUCUCACUCCGGGCAAGGGGUUUUCGGUACCAUGACGUCGCAACAUCCAAGCAGAAUAGACCAUUUUACGUUUGGGUCUAAAUGUCAAGAAUUUGCCUUACCUGUUGGAGCAGACCCCGUUGGAUUUUUGAAGGCAUGCAGUGGUGAAAAUGGCGUGUCCAUAGACCUGAAUCAUGGAACCACGACUUUGGCUUUCAAGUUCCGCCAUGGUGUUAUAGUUGCUGUUGACUCCAGGGCAUCUGCUGGUGACUACAUAGCUUCUAAGUAUGCUAACAAGGUGAUCGAGAUAAACCCUUACCUCUUGGGGACCAUGUCCGGCAGCGCUGCAGACUGCCAGUACUGGGAGAGACUCCUGGCCAAGGAGUGCAGGCUCUACAAGCUCCGUAAUAAGGAGAGGAUCUCAGUGUCUUCUGCCUCUAAGCUGCUCUGCAACAUGAUGCUGGGGUACCGGGGCAUGGGUCUGUCUGUGGGCAGCAUGAUCUGUGGAUGGGACAAACAGGGCCCAGGUCUGUACUACGUGGAUGACAAUGGCACCCGUCUCUCUGGCCGCAUGUUCUCCACCGGCUGUGGAAACGGCUAUGCAUACGGUGUGGUGGACAGCGGCUACCGCGAGGACAUGACUGUAGAGGAGGCCUACGAGCUUGGCCUGCGUGGCAUUACCCAUGCCACACACAGAGAUGCCUACUCCGGGGGAGUGGUGAACAUGUACCACAUGCAGGAAGAGGGCUGGAUUAAGGUGUGCCAGGAGGAUGUUUCAGAGCUCAUCCAUCGCUACAAGAAGGGGAUGUUCUAAAUGAACUGAAAUACUGUAUAACAAUUCAAUAAAAUUGGUCAAACCAGAAAAUUGGUCACU